ACCAGCAUUUGCUCCACUAUCGUUUUUCAUUACAAAAUUUCAAAUUCUCUCUCUUAGUUAUUUUCUGCCAAUCAAUAACCUGAAAGCAAGCUCACUCAGAGCAAUGUGGCGAAGGAGCUUCAGCACCUGCAGUCACGUGAGCUCCAUGAACACGCUGAAGGAAAAAAAAUGGGACGCGCUCGUAAUCGGAGGUGGCCACAACGGCUUGACUGCGGCGGCUUACUUAGCUCGGAGUGGACUCUCCGUGGUCGUGCUCGAGCGACGCCACGUCAUCGGUGGAGCGGCAGUUACCGAAGAACUGAUCCCUGGCUUCAAGUUCUCCCGAUGCAGUUACCUCCAGAGCCUCCUCCGCCCCUCCAUCAUCAGAGAACUAGAGUUAGCAAGACAUGGAUUGAAGUUGUUGAAAAGGAAUCCAUCGUCGUUUACUCCUUGUUUGGAUGGAAGAUAUCUUUUGUUAGGGCCUGAUAAAGAGCUUAAUCAAUCUGAGAUCUCCAAGUUCUCCAAACGAGAUGCCGAUGCUUAUCCAAGAUAUGAGAGUCAGUUAGAGAGGUUCUGUAAACUCAUGGAUCCACUUUUGGAUUCACCACCUCCUGAAACUUUGCAAGGUAUCUCAUCUCUCCAAUAUCGAUUCAAAAAUAAGGUACACAACUCAGCCUUUUGGAUUCGAUUGCUGCGCCAGGCUGCUUCCUUGGGGCAGAAAGAUAUGGUGGAUUUUAUGGAUCUUUUAUUGUCCCCGGCUUCAAAGGUUUUGAAUAACUGGUUUGAGACAGAUGUUCUGAAGGCAACUCUUGCAACAGAUGCUGUGAUAGGGAGUACGGCUAGUGUCCGCACACCAGGAAGUGGAUAUGUUCUGCUACAUCACGUAAUGGGAGAAACGGAUGGUGAUCGUGGAAUUUGGUCAUACGUUGAAGGUGGAAUGGGGUCAGUCUCUAUGGCUAUUGGCAAUGCUGCCAAGGAAGCUGGGGCUCAUAUUGUCACAAGUGCAGAGGUUUCACAGCUGAUAGUUGAGGAUUCAGGCAAAGUGAAUGGGGUGCUGCUGGCUGAUGGUACACUGGUGCAGUCUUCAAGCAUUUUGUCAAAUGCAACCCCUUAUAAAACUUUCAUGGAAUUGGUGCCUGAUAAUGUUCUUCCUGAUGAUUUCAUUCAUGCCAUUAAGUAUUCUGAUUACAGCUCUGGAACUACAAAAAUAAACCUAGCUGUUGAUAAAUUGCCUGAGUUUCACUGUUGCAAGUCAAAUUAUCCUGGUUCAGGUCCUCAGCACACUGGUACCAUUCAUAUUGGUUCUGAGAGCAUGGAGGAGAUUGAUUCAGCCUGUCAAGAUGCAGUCAAUGGAUUACCAUCAAGAAGGCCUGUCAUUGAAAUGACAAUUCCAUCCGUACUGGACAAGACAAUUUCUCCGCCUGGUAAGCAUGUCAUGAACUUGUUCAUCCAAUACAUGCCUUAUAAACCAUCAGAUGGCAGCUGGGAUGAUCCUGCUUACAGGGAAUCAUUUGCACAAAGAUGUUUCACCUUGAUUGAUGAAUAUGCUCCGGAGUUCAGCUCAUCUAUCGUUGGCUACGACAUGCUAACUCCUCCUGACCUUGAAAGGGAAAUAGGCUUGACAGGAGGAAAUAUCUUUCAUGGUGCAAUGGGAUUAGAUUCUCUCUUUCUCAUGCGACCUGUUAAAGGAUGGUCAAAUUAUAGGACCCCGUUGCCAGGCCUUUACUUGUGUGGUAGUGGUGCUCAUCCUGGGGGCGGUGUGAUGGGUGCACCGGGCCGCAAUGCAGCACAGCUAGUCCUUCAAGAUUUCAAGAAAAAAUCCAAUUGAUGCUCGGAAAACCAAGCUCUGCCUUUUCUUUAAUCUCUGGCAAAUAUAUCCUUUGGUCGAAAUUCAGAGCGGCUCUUUAUCUGAAUCAUGAUGUUGAAUUAAAUGUACGUCCUUCAUGUCAUUUUUAUUAUUAUUUUGCUUUUAUAUAAAA